ACAAAUGAAGCGUGUGGGACUCACGUCUGGGUCCCAGCAGGCUGCGGGACGCAGAGGACACUGACCCUGAGGGACAGAGCGAGAUGGGGCUGAAGGCAGUGGUCGUUACGGUGCUGCUGGCGGCAGCGCUCUCCUACUACAUCUACACCCCGGUGCCUGACGCCAUCCAGCAGCCCUGGAAGCUGAUGGCUGUGGAUGCUGCGUUCAGGACCGUCAGGAACCUGGCUGCUUUGAAAUACCACCUGGGUACCGACCAUUACAUCACAUCAUUCAGACGCACGAUGGAGGGCUUAGACUCGACGAUGGUGGCGCUCAUGGGCUCCAGGUCUCCUGCGGGGGUCGUCCCAGGUGUGAAGAUCAGCGACAUCACCUUCGCCAGCAUCCCCGUGAGGGUUUACGAGCCGCCAGCCGGAGGGGAGGGUCACCUGAGGAGAGGCCUGAUGUAUCUCCACGGAGGUGGCUGGGCGUUUGGCAGUGGGAAGAUGGGUGCGUAUGAUAAAGUGAGCCGCAUGAUUUCUGAUGAGCUCAACACCGUGGUCGUCUCUGUUGAAUAUCGUCUGUUUCCAGAGGUCCUCUUUCCAGAGCCAUUUUUAGACUGUGUCGCUGCUGCCAAACACUUCUUAUCUCCAGAGGUUCUGGACAAGUACGCUAUCGACCCCGAGCGUGUUGCUGUGUCAGGAGACAGCGCUGGAGGAAAUCUGGCUGCCGCCGUAGCUCAGGAGGUUGCUACAGAUGAUAGUGUUUCUGUGAAAUUCAGUGUCCAGGCUUUGAUUUACCCAGUGCUCCAGGCUCUGGAUUUCAACACACCCUCCUAUGUGCAGAACCGGGAUAUGGCCAUCCUUCCUCGCCAAGUCAUGGUCCAGUUCUGGCUGCAGUACCUCGGCGCCGACAUCUCCCUGCAGCCCCAGCUCAUAGCGAACAACCACAGCGCCCUGCAACACUCGGCCCUCACCCCAGAGCUGAGGUCUCGACUGGACUGGACCUCGCUGCUUUCUCAGAAAUUCAAGAAAAGCUACAAGCCUGUCGUCGUGGAGAGAGACUCUCACGGGUUGCUGAAGAAGAUACCGGGGUUGCUGGACACGCGAUCGUCGCCUCUGCUGGCUGGACCAGAGGUGCUGGCCAAAUGUCCUCGUACGUACAUUUUAACAUGCGAGUUCGACGUGCUGAGGGAUGACGGGCUGAUGUACGCCCGGAGAUUGAAGGACGCCGGAGUGUCGGUCACCAGCGAUUACUACGAGGACGGCUUCCACGGAUGUCUGACCUUCACCAGCUGGCCGUUGGACUUUGAUGUGGGGAAGAGGGCACUGAGGAGCUACAUGACCUGGCUGCAGAACAACUUGUAGCUUGAACAUACGCACACACGGAAGUCAAGAGCAGACGUUUUUGUUUAAACUUUUUUCCCAUUUUCUCGAGAUAGGGACUUAAUUUCCCCAAUGGUUUUCUCAAGGUAAGUUAAUCUCAAGACAAACGCACCUAGUUUUUGCGAGAUCGCAAGAUGAUUUGUGUGUGUGUGCUUUAAACACUAGUCUAUCCCUCAAAUGCAUGUCACAAUGGUGUGCAUUUGUAGAUAACUCAUCUCGAUAAAACCAUUGGCAAAAAGUAUAUGUGGAAAAUGUUUUGCUCUCAGCUUCCGUAUGUAUGCUGUGUAAAAUUGGUCUGACCGAAGGGCUUGCACGUUUUCUCUUUGUUCAGCUCAGGGCCUAGAGAUUAAUGGAAAUCCAAACUUUAUACAAGUGAAAUUUGUCGUCUGCAGAUGUUAGUCGCCAUCAGCAGUCCAACGCUGUAACCAGCUAAGCAAUGAAUGAAGAAGUUUUCUAUCAAUUAAUCAGCUGUAAAACACACAAAUGAUGAAUUACUUUGAGAUAUUUGACACCAAGCAGUAUAUACAAUUAAUUCCUUUAGAUGUCGUUUGUCUCAGAGUGCUAUGCAACAUCUGAUCUCCUACAGUUGCAGCUAUUGCCAUUAUCACCAAGUCUCAAAUAUGACCAAAACUUGACUUUAUUAUUCAUAUCUAAAGAAAAAUGAAACCGUUGUUUACCUUAGCUGUAAUAUGUGUCAUUACCAGAUCUCUUUACCCUCAACAAUCACGAGCAGAUUGCACUUUACCUAUUACGACGUGUAUUGCACUUGGUUUUUUGGUGUUUUUUUGAUUGGCUAAGCAGUGGCUUGCAAUAGUGUCCACAUCCCUUGGAGUUUUAUGGCUCACCUUCCACUGUGUCUUUUGGGGCUCUUUUUCUACCAACUUUGCUAGUAAGAUUUUUUUUUUUCUUUUACAAAAUAGUUACUACAUGGUGAACGUAGGUCUGGGCUUUGACUGGGCCAGUCUAACACACAAAUACCUAUCGACCUUUGCAGCUCAGGCUGGAUGUUUGUGUUGUUCCUUGGUCUUCAUGAUGCCGAGUCCUUCACACAAUGAACUGCACUUAUAAAUAAAACGACGCACAUGUAACCUUUAACAAAUCAGUUGAUUUCUCAAGGCAACUGGUUGUAAUGAAUUUCAUUUAGGGGCUUCAGAUCAGACUAAAAAGGGUUAAAGGCAACACGCCUUUCAGAUUUUUAAUUGUUAUAAAAUAUUUAUAAAUCACAUAUUUUCCAACAUGUAUGUGCUGCUCUGUUAAGACAUAAAAUGUGAAAAAUCUGAGAAAACAUGUCAAGGGUAUGAAUAGUUUUGCAAAGCACUGUAAACGUCUAAAAAAAAAAAAGAGAGACUGAAUUUGAUUUUUGUCCAUUGCAAACACUCCUGCAAUUACCAAAGGUGAUUUAAGGUCAUUUUUUUGUGUUAGUUUGAUAAUCACUAAGUAGAAUAAUUUUAUUGUCUUUAAACUGUGUUGUAUUUUUCCAAGUCUGAAAUUAAGAAAUGUCUCAGAUUUAUGAGUAAGUAAAUAAAACUUUGAAUCCGCAUACAUGAACAUAAAUAUUCUUGGGGGGGAAAUCUGUGCAAAUGUCAUGCAGCAAGCCUUCGCCAUUAGUCUGAUAAUCAAGAUUUUGGGGUUUAUGUGACAAGUUUAUGCUCCGUGUGUUUGCCAGGUUUUCAAUAAUGGAUGCUUGAAUUAAAGGAAUGAAUAAAUGAA